GAACUGCCCGGUGUUGAAGAGGUGACAAUUAUACUGCCUGAAGAUGUUGAAAUAAAGCCGAUUGGAUUUGUGUCAAGUAUAAUUGAACAACUAGUAAUAAUUGAGUCACUGAAGGAUACACCGCCACUUAAAGAUGAAAGUGUUGUUUUUAAUGAAGGAAGACGUGCUAUUGGAAAGAUAUUUGAAGUAUUCGGGCCAGUCUUCCAUCCUUAUUAUGUUAUUCGAUUCAACUCCCAUCAACAUAUUGCAGAAAAAGACAUUAAAAUGCAAGAAAAAAUGUAUUAUGCUCCUUCAGUUAAAGACUUUACUGAGUACAUCUUUACAGAAAAACUUGAGAAGUAAGUCGUACGAUUUUAAAAUUAUUCUG